AUGGUGAACUGUGCAGUUUACGGUUGUACUAACCGCACCAAGAGAGCCCCAAAUGAUGAAAACUUCGUGACUGUAGGAUUCUUUGCUAUCCCAAAAGUCGUCACUGGUCAGUGUGCGAAGACGGCGGCCCUCAGCGCUGCUAGGAGGGCCGAAUGGUUUCGCAGAAUUCGGCGCGACGACGUCGACGAGUCUUCGACGCAUUAUCGGGUGUGCGGUGUGCACUUCAUCUCAGGACGCCCCACGUACGUCAUGGACGACAUGAAUCCCGACUGGGCUCCGAGCCUUAAGCUCGGGUACGGCGACGGAGCAGCUGACCGAACGGCGUCCGAUCGCAGGUACAAAAGAGCGCAGGCACGAAAAUCGGCGCAGACCGCUCGUGGUCAGCCACCUUUGCUCUCUGGCAUGGAUGCCAGGAAGGAGAGCACACUCAUCUCGACCGAGGACCUGGCCCCUGCAAGUCCACUGCUCGUGGAGGCUGCCAAGCCUGCACUGGAGGACUGCUGCUGCACCUCGGGUAGGUCCGGGGGCUACCCCAUGGCACCGCAUCAUUUCUUAAAUGGAACUUAUCUGUUCAAUUAUGCCUCUGCAGAAGACCUAGCUGUCGAAGAGGACAUGCCGGACGAAAACGAGGAAACAGAGAGGUCCCCAGAUUGUGGCCUUGGAUCAGAAAUGCAGGAUUGUGGCCAAACAACAGACAUCACCCUGCAAUCUAUGGCCCUCCUAGAAGAUGAAAAUCGGCAGCUGAUGUCAGAUCUGAGAGACGCAAGAGCAAAACUUGCAGCUCAUUGCCUGGAUGAGGACGCCUUCCAGGAAAACAAGGACAUGGUCCCUUUCUACACUGGCCUUCCUAACUUUGCAAUUCUGUUAGCCGUUUUUCAGCUCAUCCAACGUCGAGUGAGCCACAACGAUCGCAAUUGCCUGACAAAGUUUCAGGAGAUGAUUGUAUUCCUGAUCCGCCUGCGUCUGAACACUCCACUGCAAGACUUGGCGUACAGCCGCAGUAAU